AUGCCUUUGAUCACAACACAAUCCAGUAGUAGUAGUAGUAGUAGUGGACAAUUAGAUAUCACAACAGAUAGUAUUGACACAUCGCCAGCAGCCACUAAGCUUGCACCAUCUCCCAAACUCAAGUCGUGCUAUCAAGAUAAAGCAUCGCCACAGAUCCCUUCACCAUCACCAAUACCAACACAAUCACAAUCAACAAUCAACAAUAGCAACAGUAGUACUAAACUUAAGCGACUAUCUUCAACACUUGUUGGAACUUUGGAACAAGGAGGCACAACAACUGUUUCAAAGAAGAAGCUAAUGACUUCGUCGUCGCAUAGUCAGACGACGGCGAUGUCGACAUCCUUUGAGGCAGACCCCUCGACACUUCAGUUCAUUCAGACGGCAGUGCAACUCAUUUACAAGUCAAGAUCAAAUGCACUCUCUUAUCAACAACCAUUGGUCGAUGUCGAUCUCUCACACCUCUUGUCAAACAACGAUCGGUUCCCUGUAUCCAGGAACGUCACACUCGAAGACUUACACGAGUACCGAAGCAAAGAUUUGGACAUAUUCGAGUGUCGGAAGAAUGAAACAGGUGAUACAUACAAGCAUGUAUUGUUGGAAAGAUGGAUAUUCACAUUCAAACCAAAGCCAGCUGAGCAUCAACCAAGUAUAGAGCGUAGUGUAAAGGAGAGAGAGUUGACAAUAUCAGAUGAGUUGAGUGGCUUGAUGGUCCCAAUCAAUGAUACAGGCAUACAUGUUGGAUCCCAAUCUGGGACUCUGUCACCAAAGGAAGGUGUUGACGAUGAACAGAACUAUUCACAUGAAUGUCCAGUCCUCAAGUGUCUCUACUACACCCUCUCAUCAAUGCCCUUGUUCUCAAGUAUCAAAUACAUGCAACAACAUACAGAGAUUGGACUAAAGGUCAAAUAUGGAGCAUCCAAACACUUCCCUCCUCCAGCGAACUUUGAUCCACUUGAUUGUAAGUUAAGUUAA